UUUCUCAUUUAAAGAUUGUCUGGCAUAUGUGAAGUCAUAUGAGCAUUUACACACACUCCUGCAUCAUACUCUCUACUUUCUAAGACCUCAAUGCAGUAACCGGGACAUUAUGCUGCAUUGCUGCGGGUUUUCGCGCUUCCUGCUCGGCGAGACUCGAGUAAUAACCGGACUGAAGAUUUGGACUUUGUAUCCGAACUGAUCAACAAUGGUCCGUUCUGGUCCAGUUAAAGGAUAUACAACGAAGUAUAUAUAAUCUACAGGAUUUUGUUGUGAAGUAGUUUCGGUUAAACGCUUGUUGGACAGCGAAACUGUUACGUAAUGGAUUUGACGUCGUUUAUAUCGAAGCUGCUUUUAUUGGCCGGUACCUGUGUGUGUUCAAUGGAGCGGGUCACACACAGGCCAGAAAACAACAUCACCUGUCCUCAGACUCUUUUAAACUGCACAUUGAAACGCACAGAUCCUCUCAGCGCUUCUGAUGUAACCUGUUGCCCUGCCUCUGUAUGUCAUUCUGUGACCGUCAAGCCCAAACUGUGCUGUUACAAUCAGGAUUGCAAACCAUGUUUUUGGAUCAACAUCCAGUUGAGCUUCAUUGAAGAUACUGAGGAUGUUAGUGAUGAAUCAGUAUAUGAAGGAUCUGAAGAAAACAGCGGAGAGGAUUCAGAAUAUGUAUCUGAAUCAAAUGACCAUACACUAUGCCAAAUGAAAGAAAAUUUUAAUUGUGAAGAACACACAGAUGAUAAAGUUACUAUUGCAGUUUGCUACCAAUCAGCUGAAAGCAAUGAAAUGCGGUGCAACAGAUUAGACUUCACUGUGGUUUCUUCUGAAAGGCACAAACCUCUCGAUCUGACUCUGGUGGAGUAUGAAGAUGUUCUCUUUGGCAGAAAAAUGACUAUCUCGGUUGGAUCAAAGAAAACGGAAGCUGAAGUUCCUACAUUAAAAACAGUGUGUUCCUCACGGGAUCUCAAGGACAUACAGCAGUGUAAAGGUCUCAGAAUUCAGACUGAAACACACAAGGGCCUGGAUAAGAUGAUAUUGAUCAGUAAAGAUGAGGGAGCUUCUCAACCCUUGUACACGUGCAUGAAACGCGGAAGAGAAGGGAAAUGCUGGCCCCUGCCAAAUAACAGCAUUCCACUGGCAUCAAUCACAGACUGCAUCUGUUUUCAGGCUUGGAAGCAAGAUUCCGAACGUUCUGAAAUCUGUCCCUUUGAAGGGAAUAAAACAGAUUUUAGGGCCAAUGUCUGGUCACAGACAUCAGUGUCUGUUGUCCACAUGAAAACAAAUGACAACGAGCCAAUGCUGAGCUGGAAUUUAACAUCGCCCUGCAGGAUCAGCCCUGAGCUGUGGCCGUGUCUCCUGCAGGCGGAUGGAGUAUGCAAAGAAGUUAAAGGAUUCAGGCAGAAGUGCUGUAACACCUGGACAGAAAACAGCACUAAACUAUGGGCAUCCGGGACGUUCGUGAACAUCCCAUCUGAAAAUCAGCAGCCUCUCUGCAUAAUGCUUAAAGUGGAUGAAGAGAUUAUGCAGUACUGUCAACAUCCCUUGGAGCGGCAGUACUGGAGUCUUCUUCUCCUCCUGCCGCUGAUCGGUGUUUGUCUGACUGUUGUUGGAGGACUUCUGCUGGUGAACAAAAUCAAAUGGUCUCUGAGCGAAUGGGACAGAUGUUACUCUCAAGAUACACGAGGACAGGUGUUAUUGCUCCAUUCCCCUGCCACCAACUCACAGCUGGUGCGUAAAAUAGGCCAGUUGCUUUCUGAGCUGGGUUUUAGAGUAUUUCUUGACUUAUGGAAUCCAGCAGAACUGGGCUCAUGUGGUCCGACAGCGUGGCUUCAUUCUAAGCUCGAUCACAUCAAGAAACAUGGAGGAAAAGCUCUACUUCUUCUUUCUCAAUCAACACUACAGAGAGCUGACUUGUUCUGGGAUGCUGCAGUGGAAAGACAAAACAAUCCGGAAGCAAACUGCUCAGAUACUUUAGCUUCGGCUCUUGGCUGCAUUUUUGCUGACCGCCAGAAGGGCGGCGCCGUGCAGCGGUUCAUUCUUGUGCAGAUAGACUCUCCUGAACUGCUCGUCAAUGAGGAGAAUGACUUGCCAAAACUGUUGAGAGGCCUGCCGCUCUAUAAACUGCCCUCACAGGCUCAGGGAUUAUUAACAGAACUUUGUUUGGAGAAACCAAAUAAUGUGAACGAGAAGCUGAAGAAGAUGUGGUGGAUGAAAAGGGCACAAAGAAAGUUGGCUACAGGAAUGCAGAACUUUUGGAAAAUGACAAGAGUGAGAACUGAAUCCAUGAACACCCAGACUGAUUCACUUAGUGUCGACAUGGAAGACACAGAGGAGAGAGUUUGUCUCAGACAUGAACUGCACUGACAUGCUGUUUGUAUGGACUAUUAUUACAUUAUAUGAAUAAUACUCAUGUCCACAAAGAUACUACAUCUAAAAAAAUGUUGAUGGUGUGCUUUACUAGGCAUAAAUGUCAAUUUACAGGUUUUUUUUAUGUAUGGUUUAGUGGCUCCAUAGGAAUGCCACUUAGAUGUUAUGCAAGCAAAGACUUACUUAGUAUGUACACGACCUGAAGUAGGUCUGUAUGGGAAAUGUUUACAUGCGGAAAUUGAAAAGUGCAGACACUGCAGGAGGAACUUUAGACUAAAGAGGUAAAGACUUCAAAUUCCAAGAUGCGAAUUCCAGUGUUAGGUUCGAAUUCCUUUGUUGGGUAAAGUUACUUGUAAAAGUAAUAUGUUACAAUCUCGAGUAACUUUAAAAAUGUGUCUAAAUAAGGGAAACAGUGUGAAAGUAUGUGUUUUGUGGUUAUUAUUGUGGUUAGAUUUUGUGUUAUUUGUGCAUUUUUAAAUUGUAAUGUAAUGAAAGUUUGUAAUAUAUUAGUAUAGUAUACUGUACAUUAUAUUCAUUCUGCUUAGUCCCUUUAUUUAUUAGGGGUCGCUUCUUGGUUUGAGGAGACAGUGCUUCUGAGCCACGUCUAUUAUAAAUUACUUUUAAAAGUAACUUUACCCAACACCGUCCAAGCAAUAUACAUAGUUAUACUGUUCACAUGCAAUAGUAAUAUAUGUAUAUAGCCAUCUCAUUAUAUUUCCAUAUGUAUUACUAUUAGGAAAGGGUUGACUUACCAUUUGCAAGUCUGCAUUUUAAUUUAAUAGUUGUAAAUCAUUCGCUCUCCUUUAGUUAAACGUAAAUUCUUUUGUGAAAUGGUGUAUAUUUUUCUAAACUAAACAUAUAUAAUGUGCAAUAGUGUGGUUGUAUGCAAAUGUACAGUUUAUUUACACUUAUCAAUGUCAAUGUUAAUGAUGUCAAUGGUGUUGUGUCAUAGGGUGACCAGUGAAAUAUAGAAUAUAGCUGGCCAAAGUGAACUUUCUAUCUAAACAUAACUAAGACACUUUUGUGUGCUGGUAUUGUUUAUGCUUAUCUUAACAAUACGGGAAUACUGACCCCCUUAAAUCUAUAAUGAUGUUCAAAUGUAGAAAUCUUUUGACUGCCACCUCAUCUGGUUAGAGCUCUUGAAAUUGUCUUAUGACACUGACCAGCAAACCAUCAGACUAGUCACAAUUACAGUCUAUAAAAAGAAGUUUAAGAAGGGGGCAGGGUAAAAAAAUACUGUACACCAGACCCACUGCUAUAAAUAAGCUCUGUUAUCUGAGAAGCGCAGUAUGACCUCAGCUGACUGAAGUAAACUAAGAAUUGAGGUUGGUUUGAUAUUCACACAUUCAGACUUUCUCCUUAAUCAUAUAAUUUCAGAAAAGUAUUCACUGCAAAUUCUAAAGAGUGGUCAUAUUAGCAGCCAAUGACUAUCAAAGUACAGCACAUUGAAUAGUGCUAAGUCAUACUUACAUGCAAGUUCAGUCAGAAUAGUUAAUGUAGUAAACAAUGUAUAGAGCUGCUAAACGAAUGUGUGAAUAUAAAAUCUUUACCUCAAUACAGAAAAAGACCCGGGGGGCGAAAAAUUGUCUUAUACUAAUCAGGUACAAUGGUGAUAAAUAUAUUGUAUUUAACUGCUGUGUAUUUUUAACAAACUAUAUGUUAAAUAAGUUACAGCUAUAAAAACGUUGGUUCA